ACACAUGAAAGAUCAGCUCUUUGAGCUUCUUCUUCUACCCUCAGACACACACACACACACACACACCAGCCUCCUGUCUCUGCACCGAGGACACCCCGGGGUGUGUGUGAGAGAGACAGGGUCUGCCUCACUUUCUGUGCUGGAGCUUUAAUCCCCUUUUCCUCCUCCUCAGAGGAACUUCACUUCACUUCUCCUCCUCGUCUCACUGAGAAGAAAACAUGACGGACGCAUCGACCAACAUGCGGCUGAAGCUGCCGGUGACCUGCUUCAUCCUGGAGAUCAUCCUCAUCAUCCUCUUCGGUGCUUUAGUCGAGUACGACCAUGAGACGGACGCAAAGCUGUGGCAUAACCAGACCCACUCCGACUACGACAACGACUUCUACUACCGAUACCCAAGUGAGUUCUCGGUCUGCCUGUGAGUGUGUGGAGGUCCAGGGUCAGAGGUUAAAGUGAAGUUCAAGGGUCAGGGUCUGCAGAUCUGUAACAGUGUCUGUUUUUGUGGUUUCUGUGAAGUGUUGUUAGUAUAAAAACACUAAAGAUUACAUUUAGAUAAUGACAAUACCUGCUCUCAUUGAUAUUAAAUUCAGAUCGUUAGUGACAGAAACACUGACCACAACCCCCAGAAUGCCGUUCUCUUUAGGACCUGCAGAGGAGGUAAUAAAAUGUAAAUAGUGGGUCGUAAUCAAGCUGGUACGAGUUAAAAUUAAACUUCUAAAGUCAAAAAUUUUAAUGAAGCAGAAUCAGAAAAAGCUCCAGAUUCCUCUGAGUCUGAAUAAGUGAUCGAGUUAAAGCAGAGGAACCAGGAGGCAGUAAGAGAGCACAUCAUGAAACCGUCAGAUUCAACCGGUGGCUUUUAAAGGGAACUUUGAACUUUAUGCAUGAGCACAAACAGGUACAGCUGUUGAUUUAUAUGCAGUUUGGUCCCUUUAAGUAAACGAGACUGAGUAUCUGUGGAUUAUAGUCAACACACCUCUUCUUACACACUCCCUCACUGGUUACAGUUUUUGCAGGCAGCUUCAUCUCAUUCAAAUUUGCAGAGUUUGGACUUCUGCUGUCGUGGGAAAUGUUGGACUGUCUGUGCAGCAGCAGCAGCAGCAGCAGCUCUCUGUUUUCACUAAUUGGUCUUCGUUUCAUGGAAAUGUCUUCCAGUCCGCUGCUGUCCCACAGAGACAGAUCCAUUGAUUGUUCAUUUCUGGUUUAUGGGGACUGAUUGUUUCGAGGAAAAGCUGAAGUCCAACCUCCGGCUGGAAAACGCUCAUUAAUGCUUUCACAGAAACAAAUGGGAAACAAAAGCACGGAGGCACUGAAUCAUUUUGUUGCACACUCUCCAAAGUAUUUUCAAGAGUUUAUUCAGUUGUAGUGUGAAAUGAAUCCGUAUCCUGCAGAUAAUGAGCUGAAAGUGUGAACUCUGAACAUUCACGGUCUGCAAACAAUCAGAGUUUUAGAUUUGAGGGUUGACCCGUCAGAUUCACCAACACCAUGUUCAGCCGCCAGUCUUUGGUACUUAUGAAGUGGUUACAGUUUUACCCUCUUGUUAUUCCACUCCUGAACAGCUGGUGGCAGUAUUGCUAAUAAUUGUUGAUUUGCGAAAAAAUUAAUUACAAGUAAUAGAAAACCGAGAAAACAGAUCUGCUUCUGUUGAAGUUUGGAGUCAGCAGCAGCCUGUCGAAACAUGUUGAAAAAUUAAACCAACAUAAACUGCAGUUCCUUGAGUGUCCACUAGAGGCGGUAUACACAAGGUUGAUAAAUCCCAGUUCAAGCCCAAACAUGUUCAUAACUGGAUAAAAAAACAAUAGUUUGGUUUUCCAGUUUGUCACUAAUAGUAAAUGUGUGUUUCAGUAGGAUUGAAGUGAGUUUUAGACGCUGCAGAUUUGAUAAUAACUCAGUAAAAGCAGACGCAGUGACGUGUCUGUGCUUCUGUUGUUAGCUUAUCAUUUCUAAACUGUGGUUUUUAAACGCAGGUGAGUUACAUAAAGUCAUAAAGAUAUUAAUUUACUCAGUAUUGAGACAAAGUGUGUAAUUUAAGAAGAGACUGAACAUCUUUGUAAUCAAACUUAUUUUUAAACACGAGAUAAAGGUAGAAGCGAAUACCCUCCCUGACCCCGCCCCCUUUUUUCAGUUAUUAUUACUGCAUAAAUUUUCAAAAAACCUUUUAAGUUAAAACAGAAACUAAACGGAGCGAUUCGUCACCUCAGGGUUCCACCUUAAAAAAAUCCAACACAUGACAGAUGGCUGGUGGGCGCGUCCCGACAAGUCAGAAGCCGUCGACCAGGUUUACCUGUGUUUGAGUCUCUCUCAGGUGCUGAUCUGUGAGAGAGAGAGAGAGAGCCGAGAACGAUGGGAAUGUAGAAACCUUCGACAUGUCACCCCCUCCCCUCUGCAGGUGCUUAACUGUCGCCGUGCCUCCACUCUCUCCCUGUCACUCACUCCAGUUCACCUGAAGGUUUCACAGUUAGCUCCAGGCUGAACUCACCUGCAGGCUCCUGCACACUGACACGAAGAGCAGAGGAGAACUGAGACACAUUUUUACAGACUGAAGAAGAAAUCUGAAUCCUCUGCAGACAGACUUUGUCAUCACGCCUGCUGCCGGAGUUCCCUGGAGCAAACGCUCACAUACUCCAGGAGUUUGUGGUCAGUAGUAUCAAAGCUGGCGUUUGAACUCUGCAUGACCUCCGAAACAGCCGUUUGAGAACAACCUGCAAACACACUUUAGAAAACGAUCCCCUCGUUUCUGUUCUGUAAACAGGGUUAAAUAUUUGUGUUUGUUCAGUACAAACACAGUAGUGACAUAAACAGCUGCUGCUGUGACCUACAAACUGUCGGUUCAGAGACUUUCGACCCGUCAGGAAACUUUUUGGGUCAUUUUCAGGUUUUCAGUUUGUAUGUCAGUCCUAACACCGUAUCUGAACAGCUGUUUGAUGGAUCAUUGUGGACGGACAGUCCGUCACAUCUCCUGACUUCUCUAUUUUUCCAGGUCAUCAUUAAGAUCUAAUUUAGUCUGUCGGUUUAUUUUGGUCUUGCAGAGUUUAUGGUUGGUGUGGCAGCGUGAUAAACCUGCACCUUGAGGAUGAGCAAAAACACCUGAACCUCCUUGAUCAGUCGGUCUUCCUGUCGGUGUGAAGAGCAGUAGCCUACAGUAUAUCUACAGUUUAUAUAUAAUUUUUAAAACUUCAUAAAAAAUAUAAAAAAAUCGGCCGAUUAAUCGGUUAUCGGAUCCCCCCCAAUAAUCGGUAUCAGCCCCAAAAAUCCAUAUCGGUCGGGCCCUACUAAAUACAGAGAGAGGUGUGGCCUGUAGUCAUGGUGAUAAAAGAUGGAAAUACAAAGAACUACACAUCUGCAUGAACAGAGAACAUUGCUGACUACAAAGUAAGACUUCAUACAAGAACAGACUUUUCAGCUUUAUGAUCUGUUUCCAUUCAGUUUCAGGUUUCGUCUCUUAACCAAUCAGAACUGUCGGUCCGGCUCUGUUUAAAGACACAGAAACUCUCUGACUGAGGUUAGGAAAAUAAAAGCGGAGAGUAAAGGUCCAUUAGAUUUAAUAAUCCUGAUAAUCUUUAACUCGACACCUUCACUGUCAUGGGAGCUGAAGACGAAGUUCACCUUCAUGUCUGAGCGCUGAGUAAACACGACCUUCACCCACUACAGUGACUGCACGCCUGGAAGAGCCUGCACGGUAAACAGACCCCCCAUCCACGGGUCAACUACAGGACAGAGUCCUCAGACCUGAGCCUCCUGUUUUCCCUGUAACCAGGAUCGUGUCGUGUGUUGGUAGUCCAGUAGUGUCUUUGUUAUCUUCUCUAUGAGGUCCUGGGAGAUAAGGGUCAUUUGUCAGCUGAUAACACGCCUCUCAAGUCUGCCGCUCGAGCAAAGAUCACCUGGAGGUGAAGGAGGCCGUGGAGUGAUGAAUGAGGCAGACGUGCAGAAGUGUCUGAAGAGUCGCUGGUUCGACUGCUGGAGGUUUUUCAAAAACAGCAGCAGGAACCAGGACAGCAGAUCAGCUGACGGACAGUUUUUAAAACGUUUUUUCAGGAUGAUGGAAAAAUGACUCUGAGCUGAUUUAAUGAAAGUCAGGAAGAGGUGUAGAAGUAUGCAAAUAAAAACCCACAGAAGGUCACACAUCCUGGUAUUUUCACUGCACUCAUAGCUUUGCAGACAUGUGCAGAUGGAUGCAGAGGCAGAAAAUCACCAAAACAAAUCCGGCGAGUUCUCCAGAAGAACUCAUGCUGGUACUGAACGACUAAAGUGGAUCCUGUUCAUGACUGUCGUCGAGAAAACGGAAAAACUGAAGACCAGAUUUCUAUGAAGUUUGGAGGACGGUUGCUGGAUUAGCAGAAGAAGAGUUAACUAAAAGUGUGAUCUGAUCCGGGUUCUGACGCGUGACGAACGCGUGCUGCUAUAUGAGUGUCAGGACUGGGAUAACCAUCUACGGACCUGGACUAAAGAAAACCGAUCCCAGUUUAGUCUUAGACCUUGAUUUUACACAGAAACAGGUAAUACUAGUCGAUCCUUCCAUGAGUCAGUGAAGUCCUGGUGUGACAGUCAGCCCGGCUCAGAGUAUCUAAAAUAAACCUUCCUGCUUCCUGACUGACUCCAAACUUCUGGAGACUCUUGACCCUGUUUUAAUGAUGAAGAUAAGCUUCGUCGUUUAGACUCGUGUUCAGCUGACGAGGAUUAAACAUCCCGGCCUCUCCAUGAUCAUCCAUGUUAUAUAAAGUCUUUUUAAAUCCCGGGCCCAGAAUCAAACAGAGAAUAUGUAAAAGCAGAUAUUAUUCCACCCUCCAGAUCGUCUCUCUGCUUUGAUUGUGUGAGUCCUCCUUGGAUGUCGGCGCAUGUAUCUGGGCCAAAAUGCCAACAGGGACACUGGCGACACCUCCGCUGGGCCAUGCCAAUCGACCGUCUCCAUGGAGACAGCAGCCGCGGCACAGUGCAAUAUUGUGUGAGGCAGUUAGGGACAAACGAGGACAGUUAGAAAGCAGCGCUCACAAAGUGUGUGAACCAGGACAGUGAGGCUGAAGGAGCCUCUGAGCUGCAGGUUGACAGAGUUCAUUAUCCUCUCAUUCAGAGAAAGUCCGACUGCUUUGACAGCAUGAAUGAUGCUUUUAAAGAGAUGUUUACAGCCUUAAUAACACCGACGAAAACUGGACCAAAGCUGAUGUAACAGCUCAGCGGCCUCUUCACAGAGAAAAGCUGUUUUCAGGCUUCACGGCUCUCAGCUGAAACUUUGUGCUGAAGUGAAAACGCUGAGUUUGAUCUGACGGACGGGGAUCUGAGCUGAAACAGCAGCUGAUGAAACAGUUACUGAAGUGCAGUUUGUCAUUUAACUACUGAAACUAAAAUAAACUGAUAGAUUUUAAGUCUUUUUAAGAAAAGCAGCAGAUCUUCAGACAUAAAACUGCUGCUUUCAUUCAGUUCAUAUAAUCUUAAAAGAGACAAUUUUGAAGAACUCACUUUGGUUGACUUCAGUGGAAACUUCUCACACAAUUCUUACAUUUAUUAAAUGCUAAAAUAGUUCAAGUGUUUAAUUUUAGUUGUUUUUUUUUAGCUUUUUAACUUUAUGAGAAAAACAAAUAAGAUGGUGGAUAGAGAAGAAACUGAGGAGAGAGAGUGGGGGAGUGCAGGAAAGAGAUCAGCAGGACCCCAAGAGGUGCAGAUCUGAGGGCCACUGAUAAACUUGAUACCAUCUUCUUCCUGAAAAAAGUGCCAUCUAGAUUUCAAAAAGAAAAUAAACAUUUUUUAAAUAAAAGAUAUUAAAAAAGUAUUAUCUUAGAAGUCCAAGUUCACAUUAGUGGGCCGAGAACUGAGCUCUGUGGAACUCCAGAUUGAAUUAUUUACAGUAAGAUCCUUUUUAAAGCAGAAUUUAGACAUUUUUCUUCUUCAUGCUUUGAAAAACUGAAGCUGAAUAAAGAAAAUUACAGAUUUUUAUUUUAGAUGACCUGAACUAAUAAAUGGACCUUUCAGACAAAUGUUGAUUCUGAUGAAUGUAUCUCUGCUGCCCCAGAGUGGUCUGAAACUAUAGACUGAACUAUAGAAUAUUAAAUACUGUAUAUAUAAUAUAUACUGUAUAUUCAAAUUCAAACAUAUAUAUAUAUAUACAGUCUCUGCCUGAAUCCAAGACUUAAGGAAACUUUGUUGAUAAUUUAAUCCCAUCAGACAGAAAGUGUAUUUGAUGUUUUUGAGUCCUCAGGUGUCUUACAGUUCUAAGUGCUGACGUUAGGUGAGCUUGACUACGGUGUGAAGUAGGGGUCAAAAAGCUGUUGAUGAAAAACCACAGAUCCAUCUGAACUGAAGAAUUUCAGCUGAAAUCCUCAUAAUUAAGACUAACUCUUGAUAGUUUUCCUGUCAUAUAAACUCAGAGCGCUCGCUGACGCCUCGGGAGUUUUUGUCGAAUCCAUUUGUCAGCGUCUGUUUUUCUUUUUUCUCUGUUUGGACCCUCCGGUCUCACCUGUCAAUAUUUCUUCAUACAGUCGUAAUCCCUCAGGGCUCCUGAUCUCCUGAUUCUCAGCUGCAGUUUUUUUCCACCUCACAGGUUUCCAGGAUGUUCACGUCAUGAUCUUCAUCGGUUUCGGCUUCCUCAUGACGUUCCUGCAGCGGUACGGCUUCGGCAGCGUGGGCUUCAAUUUCCUGAUCGCAGCCUUCGCCCUGCAGUGGGCGACGCUGAUGCAGGGAUUCUUUCACGGGAUGCACCACGGCAAGAUCCACAUCGGGGUGGAGAGGUACGAAACACGCUCAACAUGCAAAGUCUGAUUUGGAGCUGUGGUUGUAAACACCCCGAGGUCUGUUUGAAGGUCCACACAGACACGCUAACAUGAACAAAUGUUUUCCCUCCUAGAAGCUUCGAAAGCUUUUCCCGUUUCAUUGUUAGAAUAGAUUUAUAUCCUGUUUUAUUCACAUGAUCUCCAUCCUCCUCAGUAUGAUCAACGCCGACUUCUGCACCGGCUCUGUGCUCAUCUCGUUCGGAGCCGUUCUGGGUAAAACCAGCCCGGUCCAGCUGCUGAUCAUGGCCAUGUUUGAGGUCACGCUGUUCGCUGUCAAUGAGUACAUCCUGCUGACUCUUCUGGGGGUGAGAUAGGAAUCUACAAACACACUCCAGUUUGAUUUAAAGUCGAUGUUUGUCUGAAGUAGUUUGGAUGAAACUUGGUGACACAGGUGAAGGACGCCGGCGGCUCCAUGACCAUCCACACUUUUGGAGCUUACUUUGGUCUCAUGGUGACCCGAGUCCUGUACCGACCCAACCUGGACAAGAGCAAAAACAGGAACUGUUCCGUCUAUCACUCUGACAUGUUCGCCAUGAUCGGUAAAGAGAUCAGCUGAUUUAUUGAUUAUUAUUAAGAUGUUUCCUUCUGUCGUAGCUGAACGCCGUUCUCACUGUGUCCUGUCUCAGGUACCAUCUACCUGUGGAUGUUCUGGCCCAGCUUUAACUCCGCCAUCACGGCUCACGGAGACGACCAGCACCGCACGGCCAUGAACACCUACUACUCUCUGGCCGCCUGCACUCUGGCCACCUACGGGAUGUCCGCUCUCACAGCGCACGACGGCAAACUGGACAUGGUGAGGACACUGAGGUCUUAGAAAGGAGCUGAUUUAUGAAAAUGAAACUGGGUAACAGGCUCCUGGUGGGCCAGUCUGACCCCCGACCUCCACCUUCAUCCUGAUCGUCUCCUAAAAGGUCGUAUCCUCCGAUCGUAGCUGAUCGUAACCAUUCAAGUUAACGUGUCGAUUUACACCGACUUCUUUCCGUUCCUCUGAGGAUCGUAAGAGAAGAAACUGAGAAGAGAGUAGGGAAGUGCAGGAUAGAGGCCUUCAGCUGAUACUGGGCGACCCGUUCAAGGUAUGAUGUGUGCCUACACCGCCAGGUCAGCAGAGCCCUGAGGUCCACAUCCCUGCUGAGCACAGGUUAACCGGUGCUGGAGAGGAAGUCGGGCACAGACAGAAGGGAAGUUUUGAGCGCACUGGAGGGUAUCCGCCUCCUGGACCAUGUCUGAUUUCAAAGAAGAUAACCGAAGGCUGCACCUCCCAUACGACCUCAGCAGUUAUGUCGCUUCAAUCUGAUUGGUUGUUGGUCUGUGACAUUGGCAUGCCCAGAUCAGGUCCACACCAAUGAUCAGUUUGACGAGUUUUACUGGGUUACAGCUUCAUCAGGCCACCAGUGAAACAAAGACUGGUCUGAGACAGUUCAGGUAUAUUUAGCCGAACAUCCUGCUGGCCUUCAGUUGACCUGAAGGAGAGUCCAUGUAGGGGGAGAACAAAGGAGAACAUUUGUUAAAGAGCAAAACAUGGAGAGCUCACAGAGGGGGAGACCACAGCACCACAUAUUUUAGGAACCAGAGUGAUGUUAAAAAUGUGUCCAAGGUCCGUGUUGAGGAUGGUUGUCGGAGGCCCCGGCUCAUGGUAUCUGAGUUACAGAGCUCCACCGCCCUGAAGGCUGACGUGAUUGGCUAAAGAGAACCCUCCUAACACCCCCCCCCCAUAAAACCAGCUGUCCCCUUUGAACAACCGUCCUUUUCAGCUCAUCAUCGCUAACAUCUGAACUCGUGACAAAGUUACUCGACAGAGCGACGCACACGCCACCUGAAGAUAAACCUCAUCAUGUCGUGUUCAGCUGUCAGCGGCGAGUCUCCGUCACAUCGAGCGGAGACAUUCCUGAGCUGAUAGAGAUCAGAGAGAAUCACAUGAUCACGAGGAAGAGGAGGACGGAGCGUGAAGAUGGUGAAGAUAAUCAGUGGAUGGAGUCAGUUUGUCUCCUGAGUGUUUUAUCAGUCUGCUGUCAGUCAAAGCAAAGCCUCACCUAAAUUAUUGUUUUUAUACAUUUACACAUUUUUAUAUUCAGUUGAAGCUUUAAAAUCUAAAGACUUAAAACGAUGUUUAAAUGUCCUUCACUGAAAUACAAAAGUAGUCAGCGGCUUAAAUAGUUGAUUUUUGCAGAAAUCCUGAUAAAGACGAGAUGAAGGACCGUAAAGGUUCAGGUUUUGGGGGGGCUGAACCCAUUUAAAGGGGGGCUCGGGCACCCCUGUCCACCCCUGUGGACACGCUCCUGUCCUGACCGUACCAAAGAUUAACAUGAACAUGAACAUACAAGGUUUAGUGUGACGAAAAUAUCACAUGGAAAAAAAACAUCAUGUUGUGCUUAUUUAUCAAUUAAUGUAUGGAUUUAUUUUUGUGCUGUAAAAAAAGUUAAAAUCUGCAACUUAAGCUCUUUUAAGCUCUUUUAAGCUCUUUUAAGGCUAACACUGAUAUUAUCCCACAUGCCUGUUAUUGGACGGGAUUAUUGUUGUAAUUUGUUGUUUUUACACAAUAUUUUUUAUUACAUAUUAUUGUUAUUGCUCACUAAAGACACUGUGAGUUUUGUUCACUGUUAAUCUUGCUGAUUAUUAAAGCACCAUGUUAUUUUUGUAUAUUAAUAUGAAUGUAAAUGAUCAGUGCUGCACAUUAACAUUUUUACACACUGUUAUUACUGCACCAUAUUCUUGCAUAUAGUUAUUAUUGCACAUUUUAGAGAAGGUUAGGUUUGCUCUGUAUGUGUGUAUAUAUAUAUAUAUAUAUAUAUAUGUAUAUAUAUAAUGGUCCUGUUUAAAACUGUGAAUCUGAGGAUUCAAGUUUCGAUGAUUCUGGUUUUGAUCUUUUGCAGUUCAUCACAAAUUCUCCAUCCCUCUUUUCCUCGUCGUCAGGUUCACAUCCAGAACGCCGCUCUGGCCGGUGGAGUCGCAGCAGGAACAGCUGGUGAAAUGAUGCUGACUCCUUUUGGCUCCAUGAUCGUGGGUUUCCUGGCGGGCGUCAUCUCUGUCCUGGGGUUCAAAUAUCUCUCUGUAAGCACGACGGAGUCGAUCAGAGAAUUUAAACUUCAGAUCAAUAAAACGAUCCUGCAGAAUACUGUGAUACUGAGAACAACAACCAUAUCUGUGAGAGUUCAUGUAGGUAUAAUUCUUCUUUCAGCCUCAUCUGGAAAGCAAACUAAAGAUCCAGGACACCUGUGGGGUUCACAACCUGCACGGCAUGCCUGGUGUCCUCGGUGCGAUUGUGGGAGCCGUGACUGCUUCUGUGGCGACCAUGGAUGUUUAUGGAGAAGGGUAAAAAUCUAUAUUCAUAUUCAGCAGACAUCGACAGUUUCUUCUUCAUUUCAUCAGAGAAAGUCACAGAUUUGAUUCUGAUCCAGAUUCACAAGUUUGAGUCUCUGAGUGGUGAGAGAAUUGGACAAGACUAAACCUGAGUGUUCUCUGCGGUUCGUCCUGAAUAUCCACAUUUUUCAGUUUGUAAAAGAUCGUCUCUGUGAGGGUUCGACUGUUCGGUCAGAGAUAAAAUCACUCUGACUGAGCAGAGACAGAGUUUCUUAAGCUGCUCCCUCAGAGCAAAGUCAGCAAACAAGGGUCUGCAAAGGUCCUCUAUAUCUGCAGUUUUCAUCUAAUGUCCAGUCUGUUUGCCCAGAAAGACGAUCACGGCUCACUGACCGUCCCUCUCUGUGUUUCAGGAUGAACGACGUCUUCCCUGAGAUCGUCAAAGGUCGCUCAGCUUCCACUCAGGGCGGCUACCAGGCUCUCGGCCUCGCCAUCACCCUCGGUAUCGCUCUGCUCGGAGGGGCCAUCGUCGGUAAGUGCAUCCAUUUACCAACUAUCACCUGACACCACCCAUCCCUCUGAGGUGAAACAUGUAAAUAUGUAAAUCCACUCUUCGAUUACCAGGAUUUGAAUGUGUGAAAUAAAUCCUUCUCCCAGAUCAGCAUCCGUCUCUGUCCUCUGUCCCUGUAAAACACACACAGAUUUAUUGAGUUUGUGUUCAUUUCAAAAGUCUGUUUCCAGAGUAAAUCAGGUGUUUUUGUCACAUCAGGUGUGAUUCUGAAGACGCCCAUCUUCGGUGCUCCUCCUGACACCAUCUGCUUCGAGGACAACAUCUACUGGGAGGUGAGUCUGACAGGAAGAGAGGUGGAUUCUGAUUUUACAGAGCAGAGAGAUCUCACACUGACUCCGUACGGCUCACCUCAACGACUGAAAACUCACCAUCAAUAAUCACCAAACAGAUUUUCAUUAAUGUGGCAUUAAAUCUUUUCACCACCAGGUGGCGCUCCUGCAGCAUUUAUAGUCAGGCUGGUCUCUCCUCUGGGAGGUGAAACAGUGCUGCUGUUUGAACACUAGGUGGCGCUAAUCCUCCACCAUGAGGUGUUUUUUUUAAUCAGGUGUACAAACGCCAUGAUGUCAGACUUUUUCACUUUAGGCUGACGUCAUUUCUGUUUACCCACAAUGCAGCAGGACUGAGGCUCAUGAGGCCUUUGUUUCAUGUGAACCUCAGCGCCGCAUCAGUCUGUAAUAAUAAUAAUCCUGUUUGAAUUAUAAACAGAUUAAAGUUUGUGGAUUAUUUAUCGUUUAAAGAACAAGAGGGGUUUCUCAGAUUAGAAACAAACACCUGUAAUAAUUUAUGAAACAAUAUUUAGAUUCUUAAAUUUAUUAAAAUGCAGGAUGAACCAUAUUUGUGGUUCAAAUAUCAGUCAAUAUUUAUAAAACCCUCUCAGACGGAUAUUUCUCUCCAUUUACCAUUUUUCAGGUGAGUCUCUGUCUACACCAAUAAUGUCAAAUAACAACAGUUUUCAGACUUUAAUUAUAUAUAUUUUAAUCUUUUUAAUAAACAUCUUGAAGGCCAAAAAAGGACAAACACACAUAAUAAUGAUAAUACUAACAAACAGACAUGCAUGCAGAGAAACACAGAUAGAGAGGAAAAAGCAGCAACAAAGAAGCAGCUGAUGAUUUUUUCUGUCUCAGAUUCUGGGAUGUUUGAAAACAGGAGCUGAUUUUGAUUAUUAAACUCAGAUUCUGAUUAUUAUGUUAAAGAAACAGACUUAAGCUGAAAAAACACGGUUAUUGAGGAACACAUAAAAAACUGAGCUCGUCUCGACCAGCACUGAGAAAAAUGGAUUUUUUAUUUGAUUUUUCUGCUCCAGAAAAAAAUAGUUUGUCAGGAAAAUUCAACAAAAAAAGACACUUUGCUUUGAAAAUUCUAGAAAAAAUAGAGACAAAUAAAAAGAUAUGAAUCAUAACAAUGACAAUAUAUUGUGAUUUUGAUCAUUGUGCUGCUGACUGCAGUUUGAACCUUUACUGUCGUAAAACGUCUCACUUUGUACAGAUUAAUGAAGUGUGAAAAUCAAUAAAAUCAUUGAAAUAAAUCAGCUGUUUGUUCAGCUGGAGACGUCUCCUUCCUAACGAAGAGCUUCUCUGAGGUCUGAGAGGUGAUCCAGAGUCUCAUGGAUGUGAUGAAGACCGGAGGAUACAGAACAAACAUCCAUCCCUGUGCAGUCUGCAUGAUUGACAGCUGUGCUUCUAUCGUCUGUUAGAGUUUCAAGGUUUUAAAAAUCAGAGUGAAUUGUGGGUGAAGAUGUUUGUCUGCAUGAAGACCACCGACAAGAGCGGACAUGUUUGGUCCUUCUCUUUAGUUUUGGUGCUGGAGUCUCUUCCUGUCCUCACAUCCUUGGCUUGAAUUGGAGGAAAUUGGUUUAUCUUCAAGUUUCCUGAAAAGACUUUUGUGUUUCUCAGAUUUAUCAGUAAAAAAAGGUCAAAGUGUGUCCUCAGAUCACGGAGCAGUGAAACCGUCCCUCAGAUCAGCCUCACACUCACUCUCUCCUCUUCACCUCCGUCUGUUUCAGGUUCCUGGGGAGGAGGAGAGUCAUGACGCCCAGCUGACCGAAGUGGUACCAGCAGAAAAUCAAAAGCUAAACGUUUAGACACACACAAACACACAUAUACACACACACUUUCACACACACACACACAUACACACACACACUCUGAAGCGUCAACAUCCUAGCACUUGAGUAUUACACCCUUUAGGUCUUAAAUUGAAGCUCAAACGUUUGUUUAACAUGAAAAAAAACCUUUUUAUCUUUUAAGUCUUUUUUUAUUUUGCAUGUUACUUUAUUUUAAACCAGCAGAGGGCGACGUAGAGCUGCGUGACUCUGAGCUGCAGGCCACAGAAAAAAGCAAAAAAGAGCCUAAUCGAGGAAAAAGAUGUCCAAUCGUCCACUAAACCAGGUCAAACCAAAGACAAACAGACUCGUUCAGAGCCGGAGAGUCAAAACGAGUCAUGGGAAAACACGAUUUUAAAGAUUGAGUUACAUUUUGACAUCAAACCACGUCUAUUUUAGAGUUUCUGUCAUGUUAAAUAAAGGGAUUUUCAUGCAGAGUCAAAGUGCACGCAUGUAGUUUCUCCUCAUACUUUAAAGGUUUGGGAUUUUCUCUGAUUUUAUUUUUCAUAUUCAACUGUGUAUGUAUGAUUAGUUAGAAUAGAAACGAGCAUUUAUUGAUUGUAUGUCUGGUGGAUUUUUUGUUUUUUCUUUUUAAAGAAAAUUGGCCUGAAUCAGAUUUUUUUAAAGUUUCUGAAACACGAUGAUACAGGGUUAGUUUUUUUGAAAGAAUAAAAUGUUCAGUUUUGUUGUUUAUUCAUGAAGUGUAACUGUGUGUUUUUGUCUGAGGAGGAUGGAAAACUGAGGGAGGCAGAAACCUCAUCACUUCACAUUCAUUCACAUCAGUCUCUGUUUACA